AUGCCCAUUAACUCAAACAGGGUGGAGAGUUCUCGGACCCCGGCAGCACAAUCCUCUGCAUGCCAUGAAACCGCCGGCGCGCAACCUGCGCCGUCGUCGGCGGAGGUCCACAAAGUGUGCCUUCCGCCGCGUAAGAGCACCGUGGAGAAGCUCCGGCACCGGUUGGCGGAGAUCUUCUUCCCGGACGACCCGCUCCACAGGUUCAAGGACCAAGCGCCCCUAAGAAAAUUGUUUCUGAGCCUCCAGUUUUUCUUCCCAGUCUUCCAGUGGGGCUCGAAUUACAGCUUUAAGCUUCUCAAAUCUGAUUUCAUUUCUGGGGUUACCAUUGCCAGCCUCGCGAUUCCACAGGGGAUUAGUUAUGCGAAGCUUGCAAAUUUGCCUCCCAUAAUUGGGCUUUACUCGAGUUUUGUACCGCCUUUGAUAUAUUCCCUUCUCGGGAGUUCGAGGCAUCUCGCCGUGGGUCCCGUGUCGAUAGCUUCGCUUGUGAUGGGCACUUUGCUUAGUGAGACUGUUUCCUACACAAAUGAACCGGUUCUUUACCUCAAACUGGCUUUUACGGCCACAUUUUUCGCUGGAGUAUUUCAGGCUUCUUUAGGAUUUCUCAGAUUAGGAUUCAUUAUUGACUUUUUGUCAAAGGCAACUUUGAUUGGCUUCAUGGCUGGUGCAGCAGUUAUUGUUGCUUUGCAACAGCUAAAAGGGCUAUUUGGAAUAACUCAUUUCACUGGCAAGAUGCAAUUAAUUCCGGUGUUAUCUUCAGUCUUUCGCCAUGAAAACGAGUGGUCUUGGCAGACAAUUGUGAUUGGAGUUAGUUUCUUAAUAUUGUUACUGAUGACUAGGCAAAUUAGUAUUAGAAAGCCAAACUUGUUCUGGAUUUCAGCAGCUGCGCCCUUAGCAUCAGUUGUUCUUUCCACCAUUUUAGUCGCCUGCUUUAAAUCCAAACUACACAUGAUACAAACUAUUGGGCACUUGCCUAAGGGUCUAAAUCCACCAUCUACAAACAUGUUGUAUUUUAGCGGGCCCCACUUGGGUCUAGCGAUCAAAACCGGGAUUCUAACUGGAAUGCUUUCUCUCACGGAAGGAAUUGCUGUUGGGAGGACAUUUGCAUCCCUAAAAAAUUACCAAGUUGAUGGAAACAAGGAAAUGAUGGCCAUUGGCCUUAUGAACAUGGCUGGCUCUUGUUCUUCAUGUUACGUUACAACAGGAUCAUUUUCGAGAUCUGCUGUGAACUACAAUGCCGGGGCACAAACUGUCGUGUCAAAUAUAAUAAUGGCGACGGCUAUUCUUGUGACUUUGUUAUUUCUCAUGCCACUUUUUCAUUACACUCCGAAUUUGAUCCUUGCUGCUAUUAUAAUAACAGCCGUGAUCGGCCUAAUUGACUAUGAAGCAGCGUAUAAGCUGUGGAAAGUUGAUAAGCUCGAUUUUGUGGCUUGUUUGUGCUCCUUCUUUGGUGUCCUCUUUAUCUCUGUACCCCUUGGCCUUGCUAUUGCAGUUGGAAUAUCGGUUUUCAAGAUCCUAUUGCAUGUCACGAGGCCAAAUACGGCUGCUUUGGGAAAUAUUCCAGGGACUCAAAUAUACCAAAAUCUUAGCAGAUACAAAGAAGCUUCUAGAGUUCCAUCUUUCCUUAUACUUGCUGUUGAGGCGCCAAUUUACUUUGCGAAUUCUACUUACCUGCAAGAGAGGAUUUUGAGAUGGAUUAGGGAAGAGGAAGAGUGGCUAGCAUCAAACGAUAGAGCCCAAAUGAAAUGUGUGAUUCUUGAUAUGACUGCUGUGUCUGGAAUCGACACAAGUGGUAUUGAUACAAUCAGUGAACUCAGAAAGUUGCUCGACCAACGAUCAAUUCAGCUUGUUUUGGCAAACCCGGUGGGGAGUGUAAUGGAAAAGCUGCAUCAGUCGAAUAUCUUGGAGUCGUUCGGAUUGGAAGGUUUGUAUCUGACGGUUGGAGAAGCUGUUGCCGACAUUUCGUCUUCAUGGAAAGCUUGA